AGUUGUCCUGUCCUAGCCUUCUAUCAAACCCUACCUCUGGAAGAAUGAGCUGGCCAGCCUCUCCAUGCCCACGUCUGAUCUGCAGCUGGAGAAAAUCACAUACCCACUUAGACAUGGUGACAAGAUAGAUUACCCCAGGCUUUUUGCAUCUGUACUCAUCAAGUGAGAUUGCUUGUGAGGUUUUUUUCUUUGUGCUCUCUUCCUCCGGUUACUGAUCAGAGUUAUGCUUGUUUUUUGGUAAAAUGGAGAUGCUUUCCAUUUUUUCUCUGUUACUUAGUAGUUUAAAUAACAUGAGAAUUACUUAUCCUUUGGCUUGAGAGAGGUGGCUCAUGAACCAUAUGGACUAGGGGCCUCACAUGGGGGUUGUUUUUUACUAUUUUCUCUGUUGCUUCUCUGGAUAUUGGCAGGAGCAAGCUUUCAAAAAUUUAGCAGCUACUCUGCCAGGGACAGGACCAAUCAGAACAUGAUAGUGUCUGACCAAAGAGGAUGGAUGCCAACCAGAAUGCCGUACAGGGUAAGGGGCUGUUUGCCACACAACUGAUCCGGAAGGGGGAGACCAUCUUUGUAGAACGGCCUCUGGUGGCCGCACAGUUUCUCUGGAAUGCACUUUAUCGCUACCGAGCCUGUGACCACUGCCUUCGGGCACUGGAGAAGGCAGAGGAGAAUGCUCAGAGGCUGACUGGGAAGCCAGGCCAGGUUCUGCCUCACCCUGAGCUGUGUGCUGUGCGCAAGGACCUCCACCAGAACUGUCCGCACUGUCAGGUGAUGUACUGCAGUGCAGAAUGUCGGCUGGCGGCUGCUGAGCAGUACCAUCAGGUCCUGUGCCCAGGGCCCUCCCAGGAUGACCCCCUGCACCCUCUCAAUAAGCUGCAGGAGGCCUGGAGGAGUGUUCACUACCCCCCUGAGACGGCAAGCAUCAUGUUGAUGGCCCGGAUGGUGGCCACGGUGAAGCAGGCCAAGGAUAAAGAUCGUUGGAUAAGGCUCUUCUCCCAGUUCUGUAAUAAAACAGCCAAUGAGGAGGAGGAAAUUGUCCACAAACUCCUGGGGGACAAAUUCAAGGGCCAGCUGGAACUUCUACGGAGACUCUUCACAGAGGCCCUCUAUGAGGAGGCGCUCAGCCAGUGGUUUACUCCAGAUGGAUUCCGGUCUCUCUUUGCUCUUGUUGGGACCAAUGGCCAAGGAAUUGGGACCAGCUCCCUGAGCCAGUGGGUCCAUGCCUGUGAUGCUCUGGAGCUGAAGCCUCAGGACCGAGAGCAGCUGGACGCCUUCAUUGACCAGCUGUACAAGGACAUCGAGGCAGCCACUGGCGAGUUUCUUAACUGUGAAGGAUCUGGCCUCUUUGUGCUUCAGAGCUGCUGUAACCACAGCUGUGUCCCCAAUGCAGAGACCUCCUUCCCAGAAAACAACUUCCUUUUGCAUGUUACUGCCUUGGAGGAUAUCAAGCCAGGAGAGGAAAUCUGUAUCAGCUACUUAGACUGCUGUCAGCGGGAGCGCAGCCGCCACAGCCGCCACAAGAUCCUCAGAGAGAACUAUCUGUUUGUCUGUUCCUGCCCCAAAUGCCUGGCAGAGGCUGAUGAACCCAAUGUGACCUCAGAGGAGGAGGAAGAGGAAGAGGAGGAGGAAGGAGAGCCAGAAGAUGCGGAGCUAGGCGAUGAGAUGACUGAUGUGUGACAUCACCCUGCCUGGAAGGGGCCCUGCCCCAGACCCUGCAGGAAAAGGGGGCCUCCCCCCAGAGGGGAGACUUGGAAGGAGCUCCCCACUCUCCUUGCCUGCUAUCUUCCCGCCCCACCCCCCGCCCGUUCCAGCUCUGUUUCUGCCAGAGGGUAGGACAGAGGCCGGACCCUAGGCCCUAGGCACUCACCUCCCACCAGACCUUAUGCCCUGGACACUGCUGCUGAGGGGCUCAGGCUCUGCGCUGUCAUUGAGCCUCUCAGAACUGCCCCCACACAACACACAAACACACACAUGCACACACUCUCCAGGUGUAGCAGCUGCAGCCAAGGUCAGGCCCUAACAGUGUCUCUUGCCCCGGUCCCGCUUACCUGUCCACCUGAGGCUUCACCCCUUUCAACCUGCUACAGAGGGGGUAACAAAGUGGCCAUCUGAGGACGGCCUGACUGCUCUGAAAUGACAGGAGAGGGGUUGAGCUGCCUCCACCUUCUUCCCCACCUCCCACUGUUACAGCUGCUAAGGCAACUGCCUCCUGCUAGCACUGCUGGGAGAGGCAGGAAGGAGCAGCCUGGCCUCCAGGCCUCCAGAGCAUCUCCCCUGAGGCUUUGUGCCCUGGACACGGGACCAAGGGGAUACUUCCUUCUGCCCACCUCCUCAUGUCCUUAUUUGGACUUCUGGGGGAGUGGAGAUUAACCCCUUCCCCAGACUCCGGAAUCUCUGUACCUUGUGCCUUGCUUCUCAGGCCCUGGCACAGUGGCUGGCCACAUGGGGUAUGCAAGAGGCCUCUGCCUCCCUCAGGAGGGGCAUGUGGGGGAUCAUCACCCCUUCCUCACACUCUUUCCCACCGAGGACUCCAGCAGCUUGGUUGACACUGGGGCAUGACAGGCCUGCGCUCCUUAAUUUUGGAUGCCCAAAAGGCUUCCCUGGGACCAGUUUAACAUGGGUCAGUGAGGGGCUCUCCUGGCCUCCAUCUCCAUCUUUGGGGUCCCCAGAGAGGAACAAUGAAGUCUUCCAGAAACCUAGAGGAGCUAGGCUAGAUAUUCUGACUUAAGCCCUGCCUGUGUCACCCUCCCACUUCCCCCCAGUUAGCACCACCCCUCACUCUUGGGUUGGAUGCUAUGAGAAUUAUAGCCCAUCACUUCCAGUUUCUUUGCCUGCCUACCUUCCUGGCGGGCCUGCCACCACCCCUGCUGAGGGAUCUGAGAGGGCAGGUGCCCACCCCAUAGGCUGUCCUAGAUCAUGAGUCAGGUGGUGCCCCACCUGUGUGGCCUCUUGGGCUCUUACUCCUUCACAGCAGCCAGCACCCCCUCCCGCCCCCGCCUGCCCACUGUUCCCAAUAAAGUGUGAGUGGUGACAGGC